CUCUGUGAACUCUUUUCCAGGAGGUGCAGUCUCGUAAAACAGAGGAGCUGUACCUGAGCAUUCAAAGAGCGCAAGAGGAGGCCUGUAAAGACAAACACAUCCAGAGAAUCAGAGACCUGGCCAAGAAAGGCCACAAUGUGUCCAGACUACUGCACAGCCUGGAAACAGACUCCGUCUCACAGGCCCUUAGCGGUGAAGACUUACCUGCUCCAUCAGAGAUGAGGACAGCAGCUCCUUCCACAAUAUCUCCGAGAAGAGACACCGCUGUUCAGACAGAGAUCAUCCCUCAGGCAGAGAGUGAGAGCGUUAUCCCCAGAGCUGGUGUCACAGGCCCAGCUCCUUCAAACAACACUUCCCAGCGAUGUGAGGUGAAAGCAUCUGCAAAGAGCCACAGCAAGCAGCAUGUGAGAGAAGCAGACGCUUAUGAGCCUUACGCACGGAGCGGCAGGAUCCACAGUGUGGAGAAGAGGCCCGAGUGGAACACACAGAGACCCAGCAGAGCCUUCGUCCCGGCGUCAGAGCGCUACCCUGAAGCCCUGCAAAGACACCGACAGGAGAGCAGGAGACAGAGGCAGCAGCAGAUGAUGACACUGCUGGAGAGAAGCACACCGCAGCUGCUUCAUAACCACAAAUCUCCAGCACAGACACGCGGGACGUCCCCUCCAGCACAGGGGCAAAGAAGGGAAAAUCAACUCCAAGGAGCACCAGCCUACAGCGGUGGAAGCAGGGUGCCGUCUCCUCCCGCUCCUGCAGGAAAGACCCGUGUGCAUCAGUCCUCUCACCAUAUGAUGGAGGACUCGGGCCGCCCCCUGUCGUUAGACUAUGUGCCGUAUGUGCGCACAGACGAGGUGUAUCACAUGGACCCCCUCGCUCCGCUGUCCAGACCCCCGACACAUGAAGCACAGCAGAGGGACGACACUGAUCAGCAAACUACAGCUGUGAGCAGCACCAGCAGGCAGGCGCCGCCUCGGGUCCAGCAUCCUCCUAAAAGCACUGAACGGCAGCAGGCCAUCCUGAAGGGUCUGUCCGAGCUGAGACAGGGUCUGCUGCAGAGACAGCGAGAGCUAGAAACCAGUCUGAACCCUGCGGUGCAAACACAACACAGAAACCACUUCUCACCUUUCAGACCGCUGUGAUCCAGAGCUGCUUCCAAACACAAGACCAGCACUUUAUACUGCCAGAUGUGUCGCUGUCAGACGCUUUUAUUAAUGACAUGUUGUAGACGUGUGACGCAUCAGGCACGUUUCUGGGGCUGCAAGUGAACUGCAAGUGAAUGUGAAUUUUACAGUUUUCCCUAAAUGUGAAUUAAAGGUAUUUAAAC